AUGGCUCCAGGUAUCACGGAGCUUUCCGAGCGCUCUUUUGAGGUGUCGAAAGCGUCGAGCGGAUAUCAUGGGACGAGGGACGGCGAAGAUGUUGUUGCUGCUGCUGCUUAUACCGGACAGCAGCCAGUGAAUGCAUGUCCGCCGGCUAAUAUGGAGGAUGCUCCCCUAUCAUUUACUAUGCCCUCAAUGCAUAAGCUCCGGGAAGCUCAACGGCGAGUUGAGCAUGACUUUCGCUCUGAUACAGUCACAGUACCAACUGUGCAUAUGAUGCAGGCUAUGCUUGAAUCGUCUUUUCAAGAUGACAUGUAUGACUCAACCGGGGAUGAGUCCGUCAACCGCCUUCAGGAUCGCCUGGUCGAAUUGACCGGUAAAGAAGCAGCCAUGUGGGCUCUUUCCGGUACGAUGGGAAACCAGAUCUGCCUUCGAACGCACCUGGUCCAGCCACCCCAUACGGUCCUCCUUGAUCAUCGAGCACAUGUCCACUGUUGGGAGUCCGGCGCUUUGCCGGUGAUGUCCCAGGCAUCAGUGACCCAGGUUCAUCCUAAGAAUGGCAUACACUUGACGUUGCAGGAUGUGAAGAAGCAUAUGAUUGCCGAUGGAAACAAUGCCAAGGAAAUUUCGGAGUUCGUCCGAAACUACCCUGUUGAAGAAGGUCAAAAGCCCGUCGCUAUGCACCUCGAUGGCGCACGUCUCUUCGAUGCUAUUGCGGCGGAAGGCGUCGACUUGAAAGAGUACUGCGCCUGCUUUGAUUCAAUCAGCAUUUGUCUUGCCAAAGGUCUCGGUGCGCCAAUGGGAAGCAUUAUUGUAGGAUCAAAGAAGUUUAUAAACCGUGCCAAAUUCUUCCGGAAGAUGUUUGGUGGAGGUACACGGCAGCCUGGAAUGAUGGCCGCUGCUGCCCUAAGCGCACUGGAAUAUACUAUGCCAUUAUUACCUCUCGUGCACGCAUUGACUCGUCGAACAGCCGACUCUUUGCGUGAAAUCGGCUAUAAAAUAUCACUGCCCGUGCAGACAAAUAUGAUUGUCCUGGACCUAGAGGAUGCUGGUAUUCCGCCAGCAGCGUUUGUUGAAUACGGAAAGCGAGCUGGAGUGACAGUAUUUCCUACCGGACGACUCGUAUUUCACCAUCAGAUCUCUGCAGAGGCAGCGUCAAGGCUGGUUGCGGGAUUGACUUCUCUGAUGGAUGAUAAAAGAGCUGGAAAGGAACUGGAGAAUCAUAAAGUCACUGGUGGAUAUAUGUGA